AUGAUGAAAGAGGAGAAGCUUGGGAAACUAAGGGACUGGAGCUGGAUUAGCAUUAAAGACAAGGUCUUUUCAUUUAAACCCAAUGAUGAAUCUCAUCCUUACAGUGUAGAUACACACAAAUUCGUAGAAAGUUUGAUUGAUCAAGUCAAGAGCCUUGGAUAUGAGUCACUAGAAAGUUUGGAAGUAAUCGAUGAGGAUGAAGAACAGACAUUGUCUUAUACUGCUUAUCACAGUGAAAGGUUGGCAAUUGCUUUUGGAUUGUUGAACACACCAAAUGCUGCACCAAUUCGGGUCGUCAAAAGUCUCAUUAUGUGCAGAGAUUGCCAUAAUUUUGUGAAGUUUCUAUCAACACUGACUGGUAGGGAAAUAGUAAUUCGAGACAGCAAGCGCCUCCACAAAUUUGUGAACGGAACAUGUUCAUGUGGGGAUUUUGGAGGUCAUCUUUGA